AUGGAGUUUCAAUCUCCAAUUAUUGCCGGUUCUAACUCAACUGUUACUGGCAAACUAAAUCUUCCUGGUCGAAGAAUAAAGCACUCACUCGAAAAGACAUCAGACAUGUUGGGGGCCAGUUGCCUCCCUUCUCCUAACCGACAUAAUACAAUGUCUUUUAUGUCUGAUGAUCUUAGCCACACUAUUUUCGAAAGUGAUCCUACAUUUACGAGAAUUGGUGCUGGUUUACAAAGGAAAAAUCUGGAUUCGACAAGAGCAGACUUAACAGUGAGCAAUGUAUCACGAAAGAAACGAAAUGAAGAACUCAUGAGCAUCCUUCUAGAAGAAGAAGUUCCAGGAGUAGAAAAUGUCUUAGAACUAUUUGAGAGAUUCCUCAAAACAUUUCAGUCAUAUGGGGCAGAACAUCAAGUGUUUAAUCAGUGUGCAGAAUAUGAGUCAGAAUGUGGAGAACAAGUAUCUGCUUUGCGAAAAUUGAUUCAAAUGGCCCCUCGUGGACACAACAAACUAUCACAAGCACAAGAAUUGGAGCAAGAACUGAGACUUGAGCGUGACACAUGGAGAUUGGUUGCAUCUCUCUACCAAGAUCGUUUAAACUCUGAAUUUCAUGACAGUGAAAUGGAGUCUGAUGAAAUCUGGAGUGGAUUGGAUGAUGUUACAAGUGAAGAUGACUUGGUAAAACAACUCUAUGACAAAAAUGCCAUAAUCAGACAGGCUCAGCUCGUAGUCGAUUGGCUGGAACAACGAGCGGCUGAUGUCUAUCACGAUUCCCAUUACAGCCAGGUGGAGUUUUACGGAGAUGCGGUUGCCGGCUGGGAAAAUACUCUUCAUUCUUUGGUCAGUAAAAAACGAGGGCUUAGUACAGAUAACGUCGAGCAAAAUAUGGUUACUCAAAUGGAUCCCGAUGCUCCUAACCGAGAACAAAACAGACGUCUUCACCCACUUGACAAAGAAGAUGAAAUGCGUUUGCUUCGUUCUGUAUUUGCUCGACUCCGUUGUGGACAGCUGGAUGAAGCCCAGCAGCUCUGUUUCCGAGCAGGUCAACCAUUUCGGGCUGCAAUUUUGGAAGGAUGGAAACUGUUUCAUGAUCCCAACAUGAAAUCUCGCACGGAUGUAGCCAACACGAAAGAGUCGCCAUCUGGAAAUCCUUAUCGUGACAUAUGGAAGACGAUGACUUGGAAAGAGUGCGAAAAUGUGCAGUUGUCGGAGGAAGAGCGCGCAAUCUUUGCUCUUCUUUGUGGACAUUUGAAAGCCCUUUUACCUGCCUGUCGUUCCUGGGAAGAUCAACUGUGGGCUCAUCUGCGUGCCAUGAUCGACCACUGUGUCGAGAAGGAACUUCGUCGCUGUGUCAAUUAUAAACGGCAACUUCAAAUUCUACCAGACGAAUAUUGGAAUCAACAGUUGACCGUCGAGUCCAUUUUCUCAACUUUAGCUGCCUCCAGAGAUAAGACUUUGAUCGCCCAAGGCCGUGACCAAUAUAGGAUCAUACAGCGCUACCUUAUUAUGGAUGAUGUUGACGGAUUACUUGAAGAAAUGUCGUCUUGGCUGAAACAAGGUGACAGCUGGAGCGUUCACCUACGCCCUCACAUGAUCCGGCUAAUGUCCCAUCUUGCUCUGUUCUUCCGGCGCAUCGGUCGUGGCUCAUGUGACGAUUCCAUCGGAUCCAUCCUGGAAGCUUACGUUCUACAACUUGUCAAUCUUGGACGAACUGAUUUGGCGGCUGUCUAUGUUGGACAAUUGCCUUUGCCAGAAGAUCAAAUUCGCCUGUAUGCUCAAUGCCUCGUUAUGGUAGAGGAACAGGAAGAAUCCUGUGACGACGAGGAGCGAAGGCGCCUCCUAUCUUUGGCCCAGGAUGUCGGACUUGAUGUCAACGCUAUCGCCAAACAAGUUGUAAUCAAACUUUGCGACCAGGGCGGAAUGGUCCAACACGUCACUGAUGCUUCUCUACAGGUAGCGACCACGGCAGAAGAUGAACGCCGGAUACGUUCACUGAGCUGGUUGUUAAUGGAUCCGUCAAUGCGAAGUCAAUUGCUUAUCCAAGCCAACACUCUCAUGCGGGGAUACCUUCUCCGUCGUCAGAUUGAAGCUGUGAAGCUGACGUUCCAGUUGACUCCACCCGACACAGUCGCCAUAUUGACCGAACUAUGGGAAUCACGAACUGGAUUGACGGAUUUGCCCACUGAAGUCGAGGCUGCUGUCCGUGAAUACCUUUGCAUCCAGACUUACAUUGAUGCACUAGACGCCUUUCAAGAAUGGUUCACACGUUUCCAUCACUCCAAGCCCAAGAAAACAGAAGCUACCGUUCAACAACAGCGAGGAGGAGCCAGUUCUCAACUAUCAUUCACUGAAAACUUACUCAAAGAACAGCAUCUUAAGCAACAUCAAGUUGAAAUUCAACGCUGGCAGGCAGCCGUCGAUUCCCUCACGCAAUCAGCUAUUGACAAACUGUAUAACGUCCUACUUUUUCCUGACGGAGGCUGGAUGGUUGAUAGCAUGUCCUUCGAGGAGGAAAAUUCUCCCCGACAACAGCAACAACAGUUGUUGCGACAAACUUGCAUCCCACACGCAGCCCUGCUACUUUGUAAUGUCUUGACGAGCACCCAUCGUUACAGCCAAUGCCUUGAACUGGCCAAUGUCAUUGCUAGUGAACAACAAUCCCUUUAUAAGGUUUGCUCUGCUGAACAACUGGCUCAGCUGACCAAACAUUUGCGCCAAUCUUACGUCAGAUUGCUGGAUAUUGGUGAGACCCCUUAAAACAAAUUAUGAAGUGUUUCCAAUUUUGCUGUCAAUUUUCUCUUAAACCAAUUUCCCUUCUUAAAACAAUAAAGAAUAAAAUUAAUAAUUUGGUAAUAGUUA